AUGUCGACAACAAAAAGUCAACUGGAUACCGAAAUCCCAUCGAAGACACUCCCGAGAGGUCCAAAGCGAGCAAGGACAGAGGCUGAUGAGUCUGACGAAGGAUCGAAUGGGAGGAACAGACAUCGUGUCACAAGGGCCUGCAAUGAAUGUCGCAGACGUAAAGACCGCUGCGGUGGUCAAAAGCCGUCUUGUAGAUCUUGCGCCGAGAAUGAUCGUGUUUGCAGCUAUGGUCCAUCAAAGAAACGCGGGCUUCGCCCUGGUUACGUCAGAGCCAUCGAAGUCUUUCUGGGAUUAAUUAUCACUACAAUCGAGGGUAGUGAAGCUUGGAUAUGCGGACUACUCAAAGGAGAGACAGGACAGAUCCCCUUCCGCCCAGCCUUGCUGAAAGUUCAGGAAUCUGAUAUGUCUGUCGAUUUCUUACUUGAGACAUGGCGUAAAUGCAGUUUGGCCAAAGAAGCAGGAAAGCUCCUGGCGCAAGAGGGUCUCGAGACUGAUGAAGAUGGCACUGAAUCAACUCGGUUUUUUGAUACAAAAGUAGUCGAAGCUUUUGCACUAUCUCAGUCAUCUAAAGAUGAUGAUGCAAACGCCCUCUUGACGCCAAUGAACACGGAUACCACACCACAAGGAGUGGUACUCUUUGAGUCACCUCCUACGCCUGUCGUCUUGGCCCAUCCCUCCAACCAUUCUGUAGAGGCAUUAUUACAGACAUCCACCACCCCACAACAAAACAUCACUGUGUCAAACGAUACUAAACCAUCUCUUUCACCUAUACCCCAACUCCCCACAAACUGGCCAUACCUCAUGGACGUCUACUUCGAAACCACGCAUAGCUGGUUGCCCAUUUCCCAGAAGCACGAGCUUCUACGUACAGCGUACACAGUAGCAAACAGCUCAUCAAAAUCUGCCACUACGCCCUCUCCCGGAGAAUUAGCCUUCUUACAUGCUGUGCUCAUAUACGCCUCCCAUCAAGCCAGUACAAUGGAAAACAUAUUGAAAUCGUCAUUCGACCAUAGCUAUGGAGUUGAAUCGCCGCAAACUUUGACUCAGUCUUCCUUGUUUGCUGAUCUCACCGCUUACGACCUGGGUCAUGUCAAAGCUUUCCUCAUACUAUCCUUGUUUGAGAUGGAUCACAAGAACUGGAUUGAUGCUUGGAUCACUAUCGGUCGCGCAGUAUAUACAGCAACUUCACUCGGAUUCAUAUCGCGGAACUCAACAACAGAAGAGUUGUUAUACGGCGAUGACGUUAAAAGGACAGUUUUGGGGUGUCUAACACUAGAAACCAUUAUUGCAUCGCGACUCGGCACCGCAACAUAUUUACAAUCUUCGGAUAUCUCGCCUAAAACCCUUCUUGUGACUGACGGAAUAGAAGAAUGGGAACCAUGGCAACCUAGGAUUCUGGUAGACACGAAAGUCAUUGCAAGUCAGCAGGUCUCAAACCCUCAUGGGCCUGGAUAUGUGAUAAGCACCUUCAAUAGACUACUCCAGGUCAUAGCUCAGUUGAAUGACUUGAUCCAUGCAGAAAAGCGACCCUUAUCGGAUAAGGCUCUACACGAAAUGAUGCUUGCGUGUCAGCAAAAUCUCGCUGAGGACCAUACAUACACUGCUGAUAUACCUCCUCAAAAACUUUGCCUUUGGAUGGCCUCUAUUGCGACACUCGAGAUUGCAGCGGCAGAACGUCUUGCCUCACAUGGCACAAACCCGUGGCGUCCCGAUGGUUACUGGAGGAGUAUUGCAUCCUUCGUGGACCUAAUACAGACUCGAACUCACUCCAUGGGACAUUGCUCUGUAUCUCCUGUAGUCCAAAGCUGUUUAGAUCUCCUGCAAAAGACGAUUGCUCGUCACCAACAACAGUAUGCCGGCACUGACGCCCAAGAUGAUUUUGAUCGUCUUCAGCAGAACAUCGCUGCAUCUAUGGGUUCAUUAAAGACCGUCUUUAACAAAGAGCCCCAUAUGGACAUUGCUUCACUAAAUCAAGGACUAACUGAUGUUUCAAAGCGAAUGCACCCUGCAUUUACAAAUGACCCUACACAACCGCGAACCGAUACAAUCUCCGAUAUGUCGGCUACGACCUUCACCCUUGGUGCACAGAUAGAAGUUUUACAUUCCUCAAUGGCCCAGGAUAAUAUUUCGACAACUAUUCUACCCCGGACGCUGGGAUUAGAAGACAACGCGACUUUUGAUGUAUCAGGACCUUCUUUGGGGGAAGAUUUGGAGGACGACGGUCUGUUUGAUAGCCUUGCGACAUUGGAUUCAACCGACUGGCUGGCCAACCCUCCUGAAUUCAUGCAACACCUCGGUCUACUUGAUAACCCAUCGAAAAGCAUAGAGAAUAUUUUUGAUAUGGAGUUUUGA